CGGAACCAAAAGAAAAUGACACAAGUGUAUGGUCCAGAAGUUUCACACCAUUUUUUUGUUGUAACAAAUAAUUUGAAAAAACAAUUCAAGACCCAUCUCAAACCUUCUAGUCUUAACUCAAAUCAACCAAACUCUAUGUCUAUAAAUUCCUUAUAAUCACAAUUAUAACACUCCCAAGUACAAGUAAUCAAAUCUCAAAACUCACACAAACAUUCACAAACUCACAACUUUUACUUUCAUUCCCAAUUACAUACUCAAUAUGGCUUCAACAACAUUGAUGUCUUUACCAACUUUUUCUUCUUACACUUUGCCACUCAACAAAGCCAAAUUACACUCUAACUCUACCAUUGUUGCACCUUGCUUGGCCACAUUUCCUUCUAGAAAAUCCCGAGUCCCGGCGGCGAGAGCUCAGGCCUCCGGCGAUGGCCAGGACACCGCCGUCGAUGUUCAUGUUAAUCAAGGCUCUACUACUAACCAAGCUGUUGAAAAGAGGCCUAGAAAGUUGGCCAUGGAUGUUUCACCUUUUGGGUUGUUAGACCCAAUGUCACCAAUGAGAACAAUGAGGCAAAUGCUUGACACAAUGGACAAACUUUUCGAAGACACAAUGAUGUUAUCGCCUACCGGAAACCGCCCCACGGGGGCGGUGAGAACACCGUGGGACAUCAAAGACGAAGACAAUCAAAUCAAGUUUCGAUUCGACAUGCCCGGGCUCGACAAACAAGAUGUGAAAGUGUGUAUUGAGGAUGAUUUUUUGGUAAUUAAAGGAGAACAUAAAGAAGAACAAAGUUCACAACAAGGAGAAGAGUCUUGGUCUUCAUUAGGUCAAAGCUUUAGUUGUUACAACACUCGAAUUCAACUACCUGAUAAUUGUGAGAAAGAUAAGGUUAAGGGUGAGUUAAAGAAUGGUGUUCUUUACAUUUCUAUUCCUAAAACUAAGGUUGAACGUAAGGUUAUUGAUGUUCAAAUUCAGUGAAACUAUAUAUAUAUAUA